AUGACCGAUGAGAAUUAUGAGAAGGCUUGGCAGAAGCUAGUGAGGAAAUAUGAGGAUCCCAGACGCAUUGCUCAAGCACUGUUCAACAGCAUCCUCAAACUCCCGAAGAUCACCAAGGCAACUGCGGAGAACCUCAACGCCAAUGCAGCGGCAGCCCUUGAGACGAGAGAUCACCUGAUCAUCAUGACAGGCUUGUCCAAGGAGAGCAUCAGUAAGCAGAUGAUCGUUCAUCUAUUGAGGAAGUCCUUGGAUGCUGAGACUCUCAGAGCAUGGGAAUUGAAGCUAGGAGAUUCCAAGGACUUCUCAACCCUGGAGGAGUUCACCAGCUUCAAUGCUUAUGUAGCAGCAACUCAACAGAGGGAGCCAGGCGAGCCCACCAGACCGCUCCCCAAGGAACACUGUGCCUACUGCAAGGGACCACAUUUAAUCGCGAACUGUCAGAGGUUCGUCGACCUGUCCCCCAUCAAGAGGAAUGAGUUCAUGGUCAGCACCAGGCUCUGUUUCAACUGUUUGGACCCACAUCUAUUCUCAAAGUGCAGGUCCACCAAGACGUGCUUCACCUACAAGCGUAGGCAUCACACGCUCAUCCAUGGUGAAAGCACGUACACCAACGGCAGAGAUACUGAGCAGGCAGCUCCAGUGGACCAAACAAGCGGAGAAAAUCCACAGACGGUCCAACCAGGAAAGAGCUGGGCUGAGUCAGCCCGAGCAUCACCAAGAGGAAUCAUCAUCAAUCAGUCGAACAACAAAUCAGCAGAGCCUCCCAUCAAGAAGCAGAUCACCAAGCAGCCAAUCAUCGAGAAUAGCAGUCAUCAUUCAACAGCUGAUCAGCAAUACGUACUGCUAGCAACAGCCCAAGUGCGAGCACAAUCUCCAAAGACAUCCUUCUCAAAGCAAGAGUGCUCAUCGAUCAAGGCUCAGAGUCACACGAGAGAAGCAGUAUCAGUACUACUUCACGCAGUCAAUGGAUCACAGCAAGUGCAAAUGAAUGCUCACAUAUUCAAGAAACUCACUGUCAAGCUACCAUCAUUCUCGUUCUCACCAAUAUGGAUGGACCCUCCACAAGGUCUACAACUAGCCUAUCCAGAUUAUCUAAAACCUGGUCCAAUAGACAUCAUAGGGGCUGACAGCUAUGGGCGGAUCAUCAAAAGCAGAGUCGUCAGGUCCAGAAACACUCAAUUAGUUGGCCAACAAACAAUAUUUGGUUGGAUACUAUCAGGUCCAAUCGAAUGCAGUGGUUGUUCACCGAGGGUUUCUCUAUCGGCCGUAAAGGAAUUUUCAAACGAGCAACUACAAGAGCUUUUUCAAAAAUUUUGGCAUCAGGAGGAAUUACUAAAAAAUCCCAACUCAUCAGCAGAGCUAUCACCAGAUGAAAUCGAGUGUGAGAAAUUCUUCAAGUCCACACACACCAGAGAUGAAACUGGGCGCUACAUCGUCAGACUUCCUCUACGGACCUCACCAACAGCGCUCGGAGAGUGUAAAUUCAAGGCCUCACGUCAAUUCCAGUCAGAUGCACGUCGUUUCCAGACAGACGAAUCAUAUUUCCAGCUCUACAAAGAAUUCAUCAACGAGUAUGAGGCACUGGGACACAUGCGCAAAGCACCAGAAGGAGCAGAACCCAUCACAGCAUACUAUCUACCGCAUCACGGGGUUUUGAGAGAAGACGCACUCACCACGAAGCUGAGAGUCGUCUUCAACGGCUCAAGUCCUAGCUCAUCAGGAUUAUCUUUCAAUGAUAUCCUCUAUCCGGGUAAGAAACUAUAA